GCGGCUUGGCCUCGGAUCCGCGAUGGAGAAGGAGGAGGCGCCGCGGAGAUCUGCGCGCGGUGGUUGUGCCAGCCCGCUUGGGGGCGCCGCGGAACCGGCCAGCUGGACGCGCCUCCGACGCGCACGGGGGGUUUCCCGGAGCCCAUAAAAGCCGGCCGGAGGACGCAUGGCUGGACAGAGCCUCCCGCGCGUCCCGGCUCUCCCCUGCCUCCGCUGGGCUCGGUCCGGGCCCGCCCUGGACGCCCGCCUGCUCGGAAGCUGAUGCGCCCUGCCCGUGCGCUUUUACGCGCGGCUGGUGCGCUUUUACGCGCGGCUGGGGCGCCAUGGGAGACUCCCAGCGGCCGCCGCCGCCGGAGCCUUUGUCGGCGCGCUCCCGGCUCAGCUACUCGGUGGGGCACUUUCUCAACGACCUGUGCGCCUCGAUGUGGUUCACCUACUUGCUGGUUUACUUCCACUCCAUCCUGGGCUAUAGCACCAGCCACGCGGGGGCGCUCUUGCUGGUGGGGCAAGUGGCCGACGGCAUCUGCACGCCGCUGGUGGGCUACGAGGCGGAUCAGGCCGGCGGCUGCGGGCGCUACGGGAGGAGGAAGUCGUGGCACUUGGCCGGUGAGCUGGCAGCGGCGCGGGAAUGGUGGCGAGGGGUGGGAAGAGAGAUCCAGAGGGAGCGGGUUGUUUGCAGGAAGAGCUGUGGCUUUGCAUAUAUCUAGGAAAAGAGAGAGACAGGCCCAGGCUGGACAGAACCGGCCUUGCCUGGGGCUUGCCGGAUCCUCCUCUGCCCCAGCAUCCUGCCUCUGACAGAGGACAGCUGAGCAGAUCUCUUCCCGGCGUUUGAUUAUUUCAUUUGUUUCCAAAUGUGAGCUGGUUACAUUGAAACCUCUCAAAGCCACUUAACAGCACUGGCAUCAGUGACAAAAACAGCUUCGCAUUUUAUUAAAAAAUAAAUUGCCCUUUUAAAAUGUGGUUUUUUGUGGGGGGGGGUUGGGUUGUUGUUUUAAUUUUUAUUAGGUAUUUUGUGGUUUUAUAUCUUGAUUUUGUUCUGUGAACCGCCCUCAGAGCCCCGGGUGUAUAUAAAUUCAAUAAAUAAAAAUUUUAUUGUUUAUUUUACACACAAAUUCCUACGAAGCAACUUGUGGCAACAUCACAGUAUGGUAAAGCACGUAUUUAAAAAUGCAAUGUGGAUUGGCAGUCUUAACAAUUUUCAACCCAAGGCACUUAGUGUCUGGGAUAAGGGUUGUGUUGUUGUUUUUUUAAAAAAGAUCCUUCUCUUAAAAGGCUUUUAGCUCCCUUCAUGUGGUACACUGUCCCUGGACAUGAAGGGUUGAUUUUAGAUUACAGUGGUACCUCGGGUUAAGUACUUAAUUCGUUCCGGAGGUCCGUUCUUAACCUGAAACUGUUCUUAACCUGAAGCACCACUUUAGCUAAUGGGGCCUCCUGCCGCCGCCGCGCCGAGAGAGCAUGAUUUCUGUUCUCAUCCUGAAGCAAAGUUCUUAACCUGAAGCACUAUUUCUGGGUUAGCAGAGUCUGUAACCUGAAGCGUAUGUAACCCGAGGUACCACUGUAUCUUGAUAAAUAGCCACUAAGUGCAUCUGUGCUUUCCAAAAGAGUCAUAUGAGGUCAGGUCAGAAAGGUCAUCAAGUUCAGCGGUCCAUUUUCCACUCCAUGCUUCUUUGAUAUUUGCAAGCAGGACUUGAGGAAUACAGCUGUGUUGGCUGGUUUGUUUGUUGCCCAGUGGUAGACUGCCAUGGCUGGUGGAGGUUUAUCUCUCUCAGGUGGGGCAAAUGGUGAGAAAGGUGCCCUUGGAGUUGGGAGUCCAGCAGCCACUGUUGCUCCCAUUAAAUGUAAAGGGACCCCUGACCAUUGGGUCCAGUCAUGGCCGACUCUGGGGUUGCGGCGCUCAUCUCGCUUUACUGGCCGAGGGAGCUAGCGUCCAGCUUCCGGGUCAUGUGGCCAGCAGGACUAAGCCGCUUCUGGCGCACCAGAGCAGCGCACGGAAACGCCGUUUACCUUCCCGCCGGAGCGGUACCUAUUUAUCUACUUGCACUUUGACGUGCUUUCGAACUGCUAGGUGGGCAGGAGCAGGGACCGAGCAACGGGAGCUCACCCCGUCGUGGGGAUUCAAACCGCCGACCUUCUGAUCGGCAAGCCCUAGGCUUACACUGCGUUUAAAACCAAAAUCACAUUUGGAUAGAAACUGUUUCUCAGACGGCUAGUCCUAGUCCUCUGGAAUCAGGGAUAGCGGAACACAGUGGCCAUUCAUACAGCCCCCAUUCUCUUUACAUUAAACUUGAAAGCCUACAGUUGGUUAGAGCACGCCAAGGUCGCAGGUUCGAUCACCGUACGGGACUGCUACAUAUUCCUGCAUUUCAGGGGGUUGGGCUCGGAUUUCUUCCAACUCUACAAUUGUGUGAUUCUAUGUAGGGGGGAAACUAUGAUCAGUUAAGUGCAAUACGUGGUUUCAAGUUCCGCAAACUCUUGUGUCUGAGAGAGGGCCAGGGGCGCUCUCUAGGGCGGCUAUUCAUAACUCUUAUAGAACCUCUCACAUCUCUUUUCUUUCGAAACCUGGACUUCCCCCUUCUUUGAGCUGUGCCUUGUACGGAGACAAUCCAGUUCCCUGACUCUUAGUUACAUCAUCUUGUUCAGAGGUUUGAUACCUUGGCCCAAAUCUUUCGCAUCCAUCGAGAUCUGCUCCCUUUGCACCUUCGGGAAGAACUGGGCACCUCAGACAUAAUUAUCUCUUCUUAUCAUUUGUUGUUUAGUCAUUUAGUCAUGUCCGGCUCUUGGUGACCCCCUGGACCAGAGCACGCCAGGUCCUCCUGUCUUCCACUGCCUCCCGCAGUUUGGUCAAACUCAUGCUGGUAGCUUCGAGAACACUGUCCCACCAUCUCAUCCUCUGUUGUCCCCUUCUCCUUGUGCCCUCCAUCUUUCCCAACAUCAGGGUCUUUUCCAGGGAGUCUUCUCUUCUCCUGAGGUGGCCAAAGUCUUGGAGCCUCAGCUUCAGGAUCUGUCCUUCCAGUGAGCACUCAGGGCUGAUUUCCUUCCGAAUGGAGAGGUUUGACCAUCUUGCAGUCCAUGGGACUCUCAAGAGUCUCCUCCAGCACCAGAAUUCAAAAGCAUCCAUUCUUCGGUGAUCAGCCUUCUUGAUGGUCCAGCUCUCACUUCCAUACAUCACUACUGGGAAAACCAGAGCUUGAACUAGACGGACCUUUGUUGGCAAGGUGAUGUCUCUGCUUUUUAAGAUGCUGUCUAGGUUUGUCAUUGCUUUUCUCCCAACGGGAGAAACGGGAGCUCACCCCGUCGUGGGGAUUCGAACCGCCGACCUUCUGAUUGGCAAGCCCUAGGCUCUGUGGUUUAACACACAGCUGUGGUUUAACCCACAGCGCCAUCUCAUGUAAAAACACGCUGAUUCCUGGACCAUCCACAGGCCGGAUUGAGAAGGCGAUUGGGCCGCAUCCGGCCCCCGGGCCUUAGGUUGCCUACCCCUGCUCUAGAGAGUGGGACCUGCCUGCCGUAGGUGAUCAGCAGGAGAGGCGCUUGUCUGCGAUCUCAUCCACCAGAUCCCUACUGCCUUUUACACUGAGCCUUGGUUUAGUUUAAGCAUUAAAUGUGCCGACUUCGUUUGUUCCCGGCUGGAAGGACGUCGUUCCUGUUUACUCUCUGUUCUGAUUCUCCGACUUCCUCCGUUUCCCCUUGCGCUGAACUCUUAGGAAAACCUGGCCAGUGGGGUCAUAAAUUGCUACUUCAGGGCUUUUUCAACAUCUUUGUUGGGACGCUGUGUUCCAGCAAGAACAAGAGCAAGAGCUCCACAUGGCUUAUCGCUGCUGCUUCCAUUUGCGAUGAGUCAGGUCGUUCUGAGAACCCGCGACAAAAGAUCACUCAGUCCUGAUCGUGUUCCCUCCGAAAGGAAGAUCUUCUUCCCUCUCUCCUAACGCUACAACUCGUGGGCAUAAAAAACACAGAAUUUAGGGCCCCCCAAAGGUCAUCCAGUCCAACCCCCCUUUGCAAUGCAGGAAUCUCAGCUAAAGCUAAAGCUGGAAAUUACAACUAAUCCAGAACGCGGCAGCCAGACUGGGGACUGGGAGCGGCCGCCGAGACCAUAUAACACCGGUCUUGAAAGACCUACAUUAGCUCCCAGUACGUUUCCAAGCACAAUUCAAAGUGUUGGCAUUGACCUUGAAAGCCCUAAACGGCCUCGGUCCAGUAUCCCUGAAGGAGCGUCUCCACCCCCAUCGUUCUGCCCGGACACUGAGGUCCAGCACUGAGGGCCUUCUGGCGGUUCCCUCACUGCGAAAAGCAAAGCUACAGGGAACCAGGCAGAGGGCCUUCUCAGUAGUGGUGCCUGCCCUGUGGAACGCCCUCCCAUCAGAUGUCAAGGAAAUAAGCAACUAUCUGACUUUUAGAAGACAUCUGAAGGCAGCCCUGUUUAGGGAAGCUUUUAAUGUUUGAUGCAUUACAGUAUUUUAAUGUUUUUUUGGAAGCUGCCCAGAGUGGCUGGGGAAGCCCAGCCAGAUGGGUGGGGAUAAAUAAUAAAUUAUUAUUAUAUUAUUAUCAUUAUAUAAAGCAGCCAUGACAGAUAGCCAUCCGACCUCUGCUUCAAGGAAGGAGAGUCCACCUCGCAGGGUGGUUCGGACAUUUGGUUAUGACCCCGGUCAUACCUUAUUUAAACGCUUGUUCGUUUGUACGCACCACUGCUCUCCAAACAAUACGCCUUUGUCGCUGUUAAUUGCACGGUGCGCUGUCUUCAAAGCCAAUCGUGAGGCUUUGGGUUGACUCCUGCGUUCGUUCUGCUCCAAGUAGACCCACCGAAAGGAACAGCCGCGACUCGCCGAUUUUUAAAACGCCGGUGUGAGACACUAUAUGGCCUUCUGCGAAGGUUGGGCAUACUGAACACAACUUCACACUUCCAGAUCUGGCCCAAUCCGGCCCGCGGACAGUCCAGGAAUCAGCAUGUUUUUACAUGAGUAGAAUGUGUCCUUUUAUUUAAAAUGCACCUCUGGGUUAUUUGUGGGGCCUGCCUGGUGUUUUGACAUGAGUAGAAUGCGUGCUUUUGUUUAAAAUGCAGCUCUGGGUUAUUUGUGGAGCAUAGGAAUUCGUUCAUUCCCCCCCCCCAAAAAAAAAAUAUAGUCCAGCCACCCACGUGGUCUGAGGGACAGUGGACCAGCCCACGGCUGAAAAAAGUUGCUGGGUUUACGUCUAAGCUAAACAUGCUAGGGCCCCACUCUCUUAGGGGCGCCCAAAAAAAUUAAAGUGGAAAAAACAACUGGAUCUACAUUUCCAAAAUAUAAGAUAAAAAACAAAUGAAAUAAAACCUACAUACAGCAACAGUGUUUUAUGGUUCUGUAGGCUCCUAUGGUGUAAGUUAUGGGUAGGCAAACUAAGGCCCGGGGGCCGGAUCCGGCCCAAUUGCCUUCUAAAUCCGGGCCGUGGACAGUCCAGGAAUCAGCGUGUUUUUACAUGAGUAGAAUGUGCCCUUUUAUUUCAAAUGCACCUCUGGGUUAUUUGUGGGGCAUAGGAAUUCGUUCAUUUUUUUAUUAUUUCCAAAAUAUAGUCCGGCCUCCCACAAGGUCUGAGGGACAGGGGACCGGCCCCCUGCUGAAAAAGUUUGCUGACCCAUGGCAUAAAUAAUAUACACACUCUUGAAUCAACAAAAAUUAAAAAAAAACAACCGUAUGCAAAUAAUCUGUGAGUUUACACAAAUUAAACUUAAGUUAAAUUUAUACAGUCUCUUUUCCCCCAUCUUUUUUACUAACAUAAAGUAGACGUCCUAUCGUUUCCCCAUUCAAACUUUUCUCCUGGUGUUGUGUGUACUGAUUGUUAUUAACUUACUCUUUCUGUGUUUUCUGAUACCUUCUUACAACAAUUUGUACCCUUCUUUCUUAACAGUGACUAUCAACAAGGGUCACUCAAAUGUUGCCGUAGGUAUUGUAGCACUGUUAUAUUUCUGUAAAUAACUCAUAUAUAUAUAUAUAUAUAUAUAUAUAUAUAUAUAUAUAUCACAUAACUGAAAGGGGUUGUUUGGUGGCUGGCUGCAAUUUUCAACCUCCUCACAACCUCGGCAGCUGAGAUUGGAGUUGGGUUGGUUUUUCUGGUGGGCGGCUGGUGGCCAAAGUCCCAUCUCCUCAAGGCGAUGAGUCCAGCUGGUCAAAAGUCACAUGACCUCUGUUCACAUGACCACAAAAACAGUGAGUCUGUGGGGCGGACUCUAGAUGGGAUACAUCCCCUUCCUAUUCGAGGGUCAGUCGGCCAGCGGCAAGUUAAUAAUAAUAAUAAUUUAUUAUUUAUACCCCGCCCAUCUGGCUGGGUUUCCCCAGCCACUCUGGGCGGCUUCCAACAAAGUAUUAAAAUACAGUGGUCUGUUAAACAUUAAAAGCUUCCCUAAACAGGGCUGCCUUCAGAUGUUCAGGCUAGAUCCUUAUGUUUUACUCAAGAGUAGACCCCUUUGAAAUGAACGGACGCAAGGAACUUGUGCCCUUUCAUUUCACCGGGUCUGCGCUAGCCUUGGGUAGAUUCGUGUACAUGCAAAAACACCCCAAUCUCUGCAAGACUAUAUGAGGUUUUACCCAGUGUUCGCCCUGCUCAGAGUAAACCCAUUGAAACGAAUGGCCGCGACUGACUUGGGUCCAUUGUUGCCAAUUACCAUAUUUUUUGCUCUAUAAGACGCACCAGAGCAUGAGACGCACCUAGUUUUUGGAGGAGGAAAACAAGAAGAAAAAUAUUCUGAAUCUCAGAAGCCAGAACAGCAAGAGGGAUCGCUGCGCAGCGAAAGCAGCAAUCCCUCUUGCUGUUCUGGCUUCUGGAAUAGCUGCGCAGCCUGCAUUCGCUCCGUAAGACGCACACACAUUUCCCCUUACUUUUUAGGAGGGGAAAAGUGAGUCUUAUAGAGCAAAAAAUACGGUAAUUGGCUGAGGACUAGGAACUUAGUUUAACUUCGGGAAAGGACCCUAGAGAGCAGACCUGCUGAAAUGAACUAACGUCAGUUCUGCAACCUAAAAGUUAACUGCUUUGUGCAGAAUGCUGUCCUAGGCAGCUUGAAUUUUACGGUUUUUUGGUUUUAAUUUGUGGUGGUGAAAACCCCAGAAAAUAAUAUCCUGUAGCAGAACGGUUGGCAGAGACACACAAACCUUGGAGGGGAGUGUUAGCUCUUGAUAACGCCGUGUGUGUUUGCGAGGGGCAGAUAACUCAGCGAAACUUUUUUCUCUUUUGAAAAGAGGAAUUGGAAAGUACAGAUGCUGUUUGCCUCAAACAUCUGACUUUUCUUAGUCGCGCUGAAAAGUUCCCUUUUCUGACGAAACUGGCAAAAAGAGUAUCAUUGGUGGACUGUCUCCUUCCUGGUUUUGUUCCUUUCCCAAAUCACAGGAGGCUGAAUCAUCAAAAAGCAAACAGACCCGCUUCCGAAUUUUUCUGGUUUAAAGUGAAUCUGGGGGCAGUGCUAGCUUGGGAAAGAGGGUCUUGUGACUGGAGGUGUGGGAAGACUUCUAAGGCUUUAGAUAAGCAAUGAUCUCAUAAAGAAGAUGAGAUUUUUUCUUCUUCAAAAAGGUGAACUUUACCCAGCACUGGGGGUGUUGGGGAAUGAGGACACACGACCGAGCUACAAGCAAUCAGCAAAGCGUUUUUGAAUCCACUGGGAGAUGUGUGUGGGCACAUGUGUCUGGAUUUUAGCUUCAUUUUGUGAUGACAUCUGUUGUUGUUGGUUAGUCGUUUAGUCGUGUCCGACUCUUCGUGACCCCCUGGACCAGAGCACGCCAGGCCCUCCUGUCUUCCAUUGCCUCCCGCAGUUUGGUCCAACUCAUGCUGGUAGCUUCGAGAACACUGUCCCACCAUCUCGUCCUCUGUUGUCCCCUUCUCCUUGUGCCCUCCAUCUUUCCCAACAUCAGGGUCUUUUCCAGGGAGUCUUCUCUUCUCCUGAGGUGGCCAAAGUCUUGGAGCCUCAGCUUCAGGAUCUGUCCUUCCAGUGAGCACUCAGGGCUGAUUUCCUUCAGAAUGGAGAGAUUGGAUCUUCUUGCAGUCCAUGGGACUCUCAAGAGUCUCCUCCAGCACCAGAAUUCAAAAGCAUCCAUUCUUCGGCCAUCAGCCUUCUUGAUGGUCCAGCUCUCACUUCCAUACAUCACUGCUGGGAAAACCAUAGCUUUUACUAUACGGACCUUUGUUGGCAAGGUGAUGUCUCUGAUGACAUCUGUACAAAGGAAGAAAAACAGAAAUCCAUUUAUUGUUUCAAAUUUACUACCUGCCCAUAGCAGCUAUAAUCAUCAUCAUACAUACAUACAGUGCUACCUUGGUCUUCAAACAACUUGGAACCCAAACACUGCAAACCUGGAAGCAAGCGUUCCGGUUUGCGAAUGUUUUUCGGAAGCCGAACGUCCUCCAUUUUGAGUGUCACACUUCUCAUUGGAGUGUUACGCUGAGGUCUGUUUUCGCUAUUUAUUUUGCGUUUUUGCGACUCUUUUUGAUUUGUUCCUGUGACUGUGUAGAACUCAGUUCAGCUACUGAUUGUGUAUGUGACUGCAGUACAUUAUUGCUUUCAUUUUAUGGAUCAACGGUCUCGUCAGAUAGUAAAAUUCAUGUUAAAUUGCAGUUUUAGGGGCCUGUUUCUAAAAGUCUGGAACGGAUUAAUCUGUUUUGCAUGACUUUCUAUGGGAAAGCACGCCUUGGUUUUGGAACGCUUUGGUUUUGGAACGGACCGGAACGGAUAAAGUUUGAGAACCAAGGGACCACUGUACAGUCAUAAAAGCUGUUGUAGGAAAAUCCUUGGGCUCGCUUGGAUUACCAAACGAUUACCAAAAGAGGCGCAAAACAGCAGCCAGUAGGCUUGAUCUUUAUUUGACAACUGUUGCAACAAUUCUUUCACCCACCACAUGGGAGAAGCAGGAUGGAGCCCAGAACAAAGGAUGGCUCCCACUUUUAUCAGUUUUACAGAGAUACCCACAACACACCUAAAAUUACAUCAUGAAUACAUCAAAUGUUGGGAGGAAAACCUGAUCAUCAGGGCUUGCCCCUGCCACUCCCUCGACCUCCACCAUACACCAAUCGAGUGUUGCAAAAGAGAUAUUUACAUGCCCCUGUUUCCCAGCCAAGUUAAUCACACCCUUUUGUCUUGAUCCUGCCUUGCUAUUGUUUAAAACCAAAGUGCUGCACCAACAAGCACAAAGCAACCCCUCUGCGGCGCCACAAAUCCAACUCAGUGGUGUGAACGUUGGAAAAUGUCGAUCGCUUCUCCUAUCUGGGCAGGAAUCUUUCCACAAGGGCCGACAUUGAUGCUGAAAUCCAUCAUCGCCUGAGCUCUGUGAGUACGGCUUUCUCGCAAUUGAAGCGCAGAGUGUUUGAGGACCGGGACAUUCGCAGGGAAACCAAAAUGCUUGUGAUAUAAACAGAUUUACUUUUCCUUUUCACUUGUUUACAAAGCUAUUGCCCUGCCAAACCUUACUGUAUGCUUGUGAAAUGUGGACCACUUAUAAACGCCAUUUCCAACUCCUUGAAAGAUUCCAUUAAAGGUGUCUCCGAAAUACUUUAUACAUCUCCUGGGAAGACAGGCGAACGAAUGCCAGUGUACUGGAAGAAGCAAAGGUCGCCAGUGUCAAAGCGAUGAUUCUUCAACAUCAACUUCGUUGGCCUCUCAUGUUGUGUGAUGCCUUCUAAAUCCGGCCCACGGAUGGUCCGAGUAGAACGUGUCCUUUUAUUUAAAAUUCAUCUCUGGGUUGUUUGUGGGGCCUGCCUGGUGUUUGUACAUGAGUAGAAUGUGUGCUUUAAUUUAAAAUGCAUCUCUGGGUUAUUUGUGGGGCAUAGGAAUUCGUUCAUAUUUUUUUCCAAAAUAUAGUCCGGCCCACCACAUGGUCUGAGGGACAGUGGACUGACCCAAGGCUGAAAAAGUUUGCUGAUCCCCUGGCUUAGGGCCUCAUCAAACCUAAAUCCAGCCCCGGAUACCACUGUACAGUAGUACCUCGGAUUACAUACGCUUCAGGUUACACACUCCGCUAACCCAGAAAUAGUGCUUCAGGUUAAGAACUUUGCUUCAGGAUAAGAACAGAAAUCGUGCUCCGGUGGCGCAGCAGCAGCAGGAGGCCCCAUUAGCUAAAGUGGUGCUUCAGGUUAAGAACAGUUUCAGGUUAAGUACGGACCUCCAGAACGAAUUAAGUAUUUAACCCGAGGUACCACUGUAUAUAUAUUGAGCAGUCCGUAAGUGCUUCUGAAAUAAACGGAGAGCAUCUUUGCGGAGCCUGCUCCCAGUGUUUUAAAAUGCCCCUUCCUUCCUUCUAUCUCUCUAUUUCCUUCUCCUGUAGGUACCAUCUGCGUCCUCCUGUCCUUCCCCUUUAUUUUCAACCCUUGCCUGGGAUGCUCAGAGAACACCCCCCAGUUUGCAGCCCUCAUCUACUUCAUCCCGUUCAUCGUCAUCUUCCAGUUCGGCUGGGCCGCUACCCAAAUCUCCCACCUCUCUCUCAUCCCGGAGCUUGUGGACAGUGAUCAUGGAAAAGUGGAGCUCACAGCUUUCCGGUGAGGCCUGGCGCUCAACCGAAGGACUUUCUCGCCCUGAUCUGGCCACAGUGAUCCAUGCGAUGGUCACCUCCAGGCUUGACUACUGUAAUUCGCUCUACGCGGGGCUGCCCUUGAAGCUGACCCAGAAACUCCAGCGGGUGCAGAACACCGUGGCAAGGCUCCUUACGGUGUCCUUGCCGCGGGAUCGCAUUCAUCCAGCGCUUUACCAACUGCACUGGCUCCCGGUGGAGUACAGGGUCAGGUUUAAGGUGCUGGUUUUGACCUUUAAAGCCUUAUAUGGCCUAGGACCCUCGUACCUAUGGGACCGCCUCUCCCGGUAUGCCCCACGGGAGGUCCACAAAUGACAACACUUUGGAGGUCCCAAGUCGCAAGGUGGUUAGGUUGGUCUCAACCAGAGCCAGGGCCUUUUCAGUGCUGGCCCCGACUUGGUGGAAUGCUCUGUCCCAAGAGACCAGGGCCCUGCGGGACUUGACAUCUUUCCGCAGGGCCUGCAAGACAGAGCUGUUCUGCCUGGCCUUUGGUUUGGACUCAGUCUGCCCCUUAUGUUUCCCUCCCCUUAUGGUUUUGAUCUAUGGGCUCCUAUUAAAAUGAGGCUGAAUUUUAAAUUGCAUAUUAACCUGUAUUUUAAAUUGUGUGUCGUCCCCCACAUUAUGUUUUUACUGUAAUUUUACUGGUGUUAGCCGCCCUGAGCCCAGCUCUGGCCAGGUAUAAAUAAAAUUUAUUAUUAUUAUUAAACUCCAUCCAUGAACUGCGCGAUUCCUGACCACAUCCUGGAGUGUCAACACAAGGGGGCUUGUGAAGAAGGCGCAGCAGAGACUGUACUUUUUGAGAAUACUAAGGAAAAACCAUCUUCCGCAGAAACUGCUGCUUGCCUUCUAUCACUGUGCCAUUGAGAGCGUGCUCACUUAUGGCUUAUGUGUGUGGUACGGAAGCUGUACUACCCAGGACAGGAUGGGGUUGUGCAGGGUUGUUAAGGCAGCAGAGAGCAUUGUUGGCUGCCCACUCUCCACCUUAGAGCAGAUUUAUGCCACAAGGUGCCAUAGGAAGGCACUGGACAUAGUAAAAGACCCAUCGCAUCCUGGUCACUGUCUCUUCGAGCUCUUGCCGUCGGGACGGAGAUACAGGACGAUGAAGACAAGAACGAGCCGUCUUCUCCAGCUUCUUCUCCAGAGCGAUCUCGGCCCUGAAUGGGAAGCCCGGACUUUGAAAGUCAUCUAAUCUCCCUUGCUGUAUUAUACUGUACUGAUUAAUUAGAGUUUUUAUGGAGCAGUCAAGUAAUUUCGUUGUCCCCGAAGGCAAUGACAAUAAGAUAUUAUUAUAUAUAUAUUAUUAUUAUUAUUUAUUAUCCUCUCCCGUGGCUUUUACAGGUAUGCCUUCACCGUCAUGGCUAACAUCACCGUUUACGCAGCGGCCUGGCUCCUCCUUCACUUCCAGGUGGGCCACCGCGGGCAGCCAGAACAGAGUCACCACCUCGGACGCCACGACAUCCCCGUCUUUCGGGUGAGUGCAAGGAUGAAGCGGAACUGUGUGUUUGUUCCACGAGGGUCCUUAAUUGCUUCUGAGCCUCUGAUGAUGCUGAUAAUAAUAACAGCAACAGCAGCAGCAACAACAACAACAACUAAUAAUAACUAAUAAUAAUAAUUUAUAACUGCAGUGGUACACUCAGGUUACGAUAUGUGAUCUGGUUGCGGAUGCUUCAGGUUUACAGACUCCACUAGCAUUCAGAAACCUAGUCGCUGUGCAGGUUAGCAACUUGUGCUUCUGCGCAUGAGAACAGAGCAAUCUAGUGCUUCUGCGACAUGCGCGACAGUCAGAAGCCCGCAUUAGCUAACGUCGGUGCUUCCGGGUUUAGAACGGUCUGUCAGCUUAAAAAUGCGACCUCGGAAGCGUACUAGUAACCCGAGGUAUGACUGUAAUAAUAACUAGUAAUACCCCACCCAUCUGGCUGGGAUCCCCCAACCACUCUGGGCGGCUCUCAACAGAAUAUUAAAAACACGAUAAAACAUCAAAACAUUAAAAGCUUCCCUAAACAGGGCUGCCUUCAGAUGUCUUCUAAAAGUCAUUUACUUGUUUGUCUCCUUGACAUCUGAUGGGAGGCGUUCCACAGGGCGGGCGCCACCACCGAGAAGGCCCUCUGCCUGGUUCCAUGUAACAACACUUCUCGCAGGGGGGGAAGCGGCAGAAGGCCAUCAGAGCUGGACCACAGUGUCCGGGCUGGAGCGAUGGGGCGGACGCUCCUUCAGGUAUACUGGGCCGAGGCCGUUUAGGGCUUUCAAGGUCAGCACCAACACUUUGAAUUGUGCUCAGAAAUGUCCUGGGAGCCAAUGCAGAUCUCUCAGGACCGGUGUUAUGUGGUCUCGGCCGCUCCCAGUCCCCAGUCUGGCUGCCACAUUCUGGAUUAGUUGUAGUUUCCGUGUCACCUUCAAAGGUAGCCCCACGGAGAGCGCAUGGCAGUAGUCCAAGCAGGAGAUAACCAGAGCAUGCACCACUCUGGCAAGACAGUCUGCGGGCAGGGAGGGUCUCAUCCUGCGUACCAGAUGGAGCUGCCCUGGACACAGAAUUAACCUGUGCCUCCAUGGACAGCGGUGAGUCCAAAAUGACUCCCAGGCUGCGCACCUGAUCCUUCAGGGGCACAGUUACCCCAUUCAGGACCAGGGAGUCCCACACACCUGCCCACACAAGUCCUUCUGUCUUGUCAGGAUUCAACCUCAAUCUGUUGGCCGCCAUCCAUCCUCCAACCGCCUCCAGACACUCACACAGGUCCUUCACCGCCUUCACUGGUUCUGAUUUAAAAGAGUUGUAGAUCUGGGAUCUCUGCAACUCCUUGCUGCAGGAUGGAGCUCACUUGACAGGAAAGAAAGGGCCGUUUCCAGGAGUUUCUUGUGACAAAGGAAGAUGGACCCUCCUUCCUUGUUUAGAGGCAGUUCGAUCCCGAAUGGCAGAUAUGUUAAAUAGAAAGUCAAAGCCUCUUCUUGUCCUCUUGGAAGAAAUUUAAAGGAUAUUUAGCUAAAUAUUGUGAUACAAGAUAAAUUUGAAAAUUCCUGGAAGUAAUUAAAUAGGCUUAGGGUUAGAAUAAGAAUACGUGGCAGUCAAUAUUAAGGAUUAGAAUAUUAAUAAAGGAGAAGAGGUUAGUAAAUGAAAGGAAUCAAUAUAAUUAGAAGUAUGAAUCUGGAGAACUGACAUAAUGAAAUUCAGUCAGAGGGAUUUGAGGAAGUCACGUUCUCAAUGUCAUGAGAAUUAAGUAUUUGAAGAAACCAUUUUUCUUUGUGUUUAGUUUAUUGUGGUGUGUUUGUUGUGUCCUUUUUGUGAGAAAUGUUGAAAAUCAAUAAAUUUUUUGGAAAGAAAAAAAGUCAAAGCCUUUCUCUUCCCCCCCGAAUUCAGAACCUGUCUCUGAUCGUAGUGGGCAUCGGCGCCAUCACUUCGCUUCUCUUCCAUCUUGGCACCAAAGAAAAGAGUGCCCCAGUUUCCAGGCUGCCAGAUCCUGAGGAACGGACCCCUCUGUUGCCCCCGGACCGAAAAAGCCCCCCUAGGCCCCUGCUCCGCUGGAAACAUUGGCUUUUGGAGCCUUCUUUCUACCAGGUGAGUUCAAGCGAUGAGGGAGCAAGGAGAUGGUUGGCCCCAGGCAGGUGACCGGGUCCCUAUUGCCUUAGCCCCAUGGGAUAUAGGGGGCCUAGCCCCAAAUCCAGGAUACUGAGGGCCUUCUGGUGAUUCCCUCCCUGCGAGAAGCGAGGUUACAGGGAACCAGGCACAGGGCCUUCUCGGUGGUGGCGCCCUCCCAUCAGAUGUCAAGGAAAUAAAGAACUAUCUAACUUUUGGAAGACAUCUGAAGGCAGCCCUGGUGCUGAACUUGAAAGCCCUAAAUGGCUGUGUUUCCCCGAAGGAGCGUCUCCACCCCCAUCAUCCAGCCCGGACACCUGGGUCCGUCUCUGAGGGCCUUCUGGCAGUUCCCUCCCUGCGAGAAAUGAAAUUACAGGGAACCAGGCACAGGGCCUUCUCGGUGGUGGCGCCUGCCCUGUGCAACGCCCUCCCAUCAGAUGUCAAGGAAAUAAACAACUAUCUGACUUUUGGAAGACACCUGAAGGCAGCCCUGUUUAGGGAAGAUUUUAAUGUUUGAUGUCUUUUUAUAUUUUGUUGGAAGCUGCCCAGAGUGGCUGGGGAAGCCCAGCCAGAUAGGCGGGGUAUAAAUAAUAAAUUAUUAUUAUUAUUAUUGUUAUUGUUAUUAUUAUUAGCCCAAUAAAGCUGAUCUUUGUGUGGUUAACUAUUGAGAUCCACCUCUUUCACGGAUGGACUGUCUGGAGGAUACAGUAAUACCUCUUGUUACGUCCGCUUCAGGUUAUGUUUUUUCAGGAUACGUCCCGCGGUGACCCGGAAGUAACGGAACGGGUUACUUCUGGGUUUCGCCGCUCGCACAUGCGCAGAUGCUCAAAAUAAUGUCGUGCAUGGAAGUGGCGAAUCGCGGGUCACGUUCUGCUCAUGUUGCGAAUGGGACUCUGUACAGUUUGGGUUAUUCUGUUCCUAAAAUUCUGGUGUUUUUUUUUUUUUUUUUACAAAGGUUAUUUUAAACAUCCUUUACAGUUCAUUAUAUAUCAUUUCUCAGUAAGCUUUAACCUCGCUACAGUGGUCCCUUGGUUCUCAAACGCCUUGGUACUCAAACAACUUGGAACCCAAACACUUCAAACCCGGAUGUAAGCAUUCCAGUUUUCGAACUUUUUUUGGAAGCUGAACGUGAUCCGUUUUGAGUGUUGCGCUUCUGAUUUGAGUGCCACACUUUUCCGUGUAUAAGACUAGGGUUUUUUUACUUACAAAUUACCGUAUUUUUCGUUCCAUAGGACGCUCUGUCCCAUAGGGCGCACCUACUUUUUUGGGGGGGAAAUAAAGGAAAAUUUUUUUUCCUUUAUUUCCCCCCCAAAACCAGGCCGGGGAACAGUGGGAUGGCGGCGCUGCGCCUCCCCGUUGUCCCCCGAGCUUGUGGGGCUGGCCGAUGUCUGCCCGGCGUGAGGGGCGCUCUGCUUCAGGGCGCCCCACGCGCCGGGCGGCAGGCUGCAGACACCUGCGCGAAGCCCGGGGCGUCCUCCGGAGGGCGCCCCGUGCUCCGCGCUGCAGGCUGCCGCCCGCAAGCCUUGCGUGCCCGGGGGAACUCCCCCCGGUGCGCAAGGCUUGCAUAUAGCUCCUGGAGCCUGGAGAGUGAGAGGUGUGGGUGCGCCCCCACGCCUCUCGCUCUCCAGGCGUCAGCGAAGCCUGCAUUCGCCCCAUAGAACGCACACACAUUUCCCUUCAUUUUUGGAGGGGAAAAAGUGCGUCCUAUAGAGCGAAAAAUACGGUAUGUGGAAAAACUGCAGGUCGUCGUUAUACACGCGGCAAUCUCCCCCCCCCCAUUUUCUUAAAUUGGAGUCCCAAAAAAUUGGGAGCAACUUAAAUGUAAAGGUAAAGGGACCCCUGACCAUUAGGUCCAGUCGUGGCCGGCUCUGGGGUUGCGGCGCUCAUCUUGCUUUACUGGCCGAGGGAGCCGGCGUCCAGCUUCCGGGUCAUGUGGCCAGCAGGACUGAGCCGCUUCUGGCGAACAAGAGCAGCACACGGAAACGCCGUUUACCUUCCCGCCGGAGUGGUACCUAUUUAUCUACUUGCACUUUGAGGUGCUUUCGAACUGCUAGGUUGGCAGGAGCUGGGACUGAGCAAUGGGCGCUCACCCCGUCAUGGGGAUUCGAACCGCCAACCUUCUGAUCAGCAAGUCCUAGGCUCUGUGGUUUAACCCACAGCGCCACCCGCGUCCCAGGGAGUAUCUUAUACACAGAAAAAUACAGUAUAUAAUAAUCCUCCCUUGACUGUCUCUCCUCUUCUUUCUUUCCAGGUGGCAAUGUUGUAUAUGGCCACACGGCUCAUCGUCAACCUCUCCCAAACCUACAUUGCGAUGUACCUCACCAAUUCACUCAUGCUCCCUAAGGUGAGUCCGACUGGAGGCAGGCUUGAGGACUGAAGCAUCCUUCACCUGGUUGCUAAGGCAACUGGCUCCUGAGGAUGCGAGGGACCAAUUUCAUUUUCCCCCCAAAUUUUUUUUAUUGGUUUUCCAAAUUUAUAACAUAAAAGGAAAACAUUACAAUACAAAAAACAAACAGACAGACAGACAAACAUUUAUCCUAACUUUUAUAAUCCCACUUUUGUUAGGUGACUUCCUUGAAUGCCCCUAGCCGACUUUCCAUCUAACUCAUUGUAGCAGUUUUCUAAUACUUUUUUCAAAUAAAAUUAACUUCAAUUAACAUCUUUCUUUUCAUAUUAACUUCUAUCCACAGUGUUAUGCAAUUGUAACAUAUUCCACUCCUAAACCAAUCAUUGCUUAAUGUGGAUUACGAAAUUGUUGCUAAUAUUUUGGCCGAUAGGUUGAAGAAGGUUCUGUCAGAUUAUAUUCACAAGUUCUGCCUGGACAUAUGAAAGAGAAUGUUAGGAAUAUAAUCGACAUUUUGCAAAGAUUAGAAGUUCAAGGGACAAAUUUCAAAACACACCCACCCACCCCAGGCUCUCUUGUGGAGUUACAGAAAUCUAGCUGUUUUUGGAGCAGGAUUUGCCAAUCAGGGGAGAUUUGCAGAGGGUUGCCACACAUGCAUGGCACCAGCGGUUUGCCAUUUCUGGCGACAUCUUGUGAGAGACCCCCAAAAUCUCCCAGGGGCUUCCGAGACCCCGGUAAGCGAGGCUCUUGUGAGCUCUCGCUGGAAGCUGCUGUUUUUCUCAUGAGGUGGCGGUUGAGUUCUCCCUCAGUCUGGACGGACUGGUCUGAUAGAUAUAAUUAUAAUAUAAUUUAUCAUUUAUACCCCGCCCAUCUGGCUGGGUUUCCCCAGCCACUCUGGGCGGCUCCCAACAAAAUAUUAAAAACAUGACAAAACAUCAAACAUUAAAUACUUCCCUAAACAGGGCCACCUUCAGAUGUCUUCUAAAAGUCAGGUAGUUGUUUAUCUCCUUGACAUCUGACGGGAGGGCGUUCCACGGGGCGGGCGCCACCACCGAGAAGGCCCUCUGCCUGGUUCCCUGUAACUUCGCUUCUCGCAGGGAGUGAACUGCCAGAAGGCCCUCAGGAGAUGGACCCAGGUGUCCAGGCUGGACGAUGGGGGUGGAGACGCUCCUUCAGGGAUACUGGGCCGUUUAGGGCUUUCAAGGUCAGCACCAACACUUUGAAUUGUACUUGGAAACGUACUGGGAGCCAAUGUAGAUCUCUCAGAACUGGGGUUAUAGGGUCUCAGCAGCCGCUCCCAGUCCCCAGUCUGGCUGCCGUAUUCUGGAUUAAUUGCAGUUUCCGGGUCACCUUCCAAGGCAGCUCCACGGAGAGCGCAUGGCAGUAGUCCAAGCAGGAGAUAACCAGAGCAUGCACCACUCUGGAGAGACAGUCUGUGGGCAGGGAGGGUCUCAUCCUGCAUACCAGAUAGAGCUGGGAGGUGGCUGGUCCUGGUUUUCAGCUCUUCCUCCUCCAGAGAUAACAGAGUCCAUCCCAUUUUUUCCCCUGACUCUUGCCUUCCUGCAGAGGUUCAUCGCCACGAUUCCCCUAGUGAUGUACAUUAGCGGCUUCCUCUCCUCAUUUCUGAUGAAGACUGUGAACAAGAAGAUUGGCAGAAACGUGAGUAGCUCACAUGCAUCUCUGGGUUAUUUGUGGGGCCUAGGAAUCCGUUCAUUAUAUUUACCGUAUUUUUCGCUCUGUAAGACGCAGCAAACCACAAGACGCACCUAGUUUUUGGAGGAGGAAAACAAGAAAAAAAAUAUUUCGAAUCUCAGAAGCCAGAACAGCAAGAGGGAUUGCUGCGCAGCGAAAGCAAUGAUCCCUCUUGCUGUUCUGGCUUCUGGGAUAGCUGUGCAGCCUGCAUUCGCUCCAUAAGUCGCACACACAUUUCCCCUUACUUUUUAGGAGGGAAAAGGUGAGUCUUAUAGAGCAAAAAAUACGGUAUUUCAAAAUAGAGUCCGGCCCCCUAAAAGGUCUGAGGGACAGUGGACCGGCCCCCUGCUGAAAAAGUUUGCUGACAUCUGGUCUAGUGUUUUUCUUCCCCUCUAUAAUUUUUCAAAAUCUCUUCUUUUCUCUCCUUUAUGUUUAGCUCACCUACUUCGUGGGCCUGCUAAUCAUACUGGCAUUUGCUUCCUGGGUAGCUUUGGCUGAAAGAAUCGGCGUGGAGAUCUAUGGGGCAGCCGUCCUCUUGGGCACCGGUUCGGCCACAAUCCUGGUAACUUCUCUCUCCAUGACGGCCGACCUCAUCGGCAGCAACACAGUACGUAAUGUGGGCAUGCGCAGAGCGCACGGGCGAUCUUGCCAGGGAAACACGCACACAUGCAUCACCAGUAUGCGGAUGAUACCCAGCUCUACCUCUCUUUUAAAUCAGAACCAGUGAAGGUCCUGUGUGAGUGUCUGGAGGCGGUUGGAGGAGGGAUGGCGGCUAACAGAUUGAGGUUGAAUCCUGACAAGACAGAAGGACUGUUUUUGGGGGACAGGGGGCGGGCGGGUGUGGGGGACUCCCUGGUCCUGAAUGGGGCGACUGUGCCCCUGAAGGACCAGGUGCGCAGCCUGGGAGUCAUUUUGGACUCACAGCUGUCCAUGGAGGCACAGGUCAAAUCUGUGUUCAGGACAGCUGUUUACCAGGUCCAUCUGGUAUGCAGGAUGAGACCCUUCCUGCCCGCAGACUGUCUCGCCAGAGUGGUGCAUGCUCUGGUUAUCUCCGCUUUGACUACUGCCAUGCGCUCUCUGUGGGGCUACCUUUGAAGGUGACCCAGAAACUCACUAGAGCAGGCAUCCCCAAACUUGCACUUUGACGUGCUUUCGAACUGCUAGGUUGGCAGGAGCAGGGACUGAGCAACGGGAGCUCACCCCGUCAUUGCGGGGAUUCGAACUGCCGACCUUCUGUUUGGCAAGUCCCAGGCUCUGUGGUUGACAUAAAGGUAAAGGUAAAGGGACCCCUGACCAUGAGGUCCAGUCGUGGACGACUCUGGGGUUGCGGCGCUCAUCUCGCUUUAUUGGCCGAGGGAGCCGGCGUACAGCUUCUGGGUCCUGUGGCCAGCAGGACUAAGCCGCUUCUGGCGAACCAGAGCAGCACACGGAAACGCUGUUUACCUUCCCGCCGGAGCGGUACCUAUUUAUCUACUUGCACUUUGACGUGCUUUUGAACUGCUAGGUUGGCAGGAGCAGGGACCGAGCAACGGGAGCUCACCCCGUCCUUGCGGGGAUUCGAACCGCCGACCUUCUGAUCGGCAAGCCCUAGGCUCUGUGGUUUAACCCACAGCGCCACCCGCGUCCCUUAUUGUAAUUAUAAUUAUGUCAUAAAUUAUUCCAUUCCAUCUUCAUAACACACUUUACAGUACAUUUCGAAUUAUAGCUAUUUUCAAUUCUGUGUGUAUGUACGCUGAGCUUUCCUGGAGCCCAAAUGGCAAUCUCGUUUUCUCCAAUAGCACAGUGGUGCCUUCGUCUACGGAGCCAUGAGCUUCACAGAUAAAGUCGCCAAUGGAGUGGGCGUGAUGAUCAUCCAGAACUUGCACCCGUGCCCGUAAGUAGGAAUGUUACCAGCUGAAGCCACAAACCGUAACAUAACAGUAUGCAGCAAUUGCAGGGUGCAAGACGCUUUGCUCCUGGUGAGAGCAAUUCUGAGAAGGAACAGCUCUUAGAUAAUAAACUUGAUUUGAAAUAGGCAUAUAAUAAUUUCGAUCUCAACUUGGUCACUGUAUUUUUCGCUCUCUAAGACGCACCAGACCACAAGACGCAACUAGUUUUUGGAGGAGGAAAACAAAAAAAUAUUCUGAAUCUCAGAAGCCAGAACAGCAAGAGGGAUUGCUGCGCAGUGAAAGCAGCAAUCCCUCUUGCUGUUCUGGCUUCUGGGAUAGCUGCGCAGCCUGCAUUCGCUCCAUAGGACGCACACACAUUUCCCCUUACUUUUUAGGAGGGAGAAAGUGAGUCUUAUAGAGCAAAAAAUACGGUAUUUAUCACUUUGAUGCAAGCCAUUUAAAUGCUUUGCCGAUUCGGCCGAGGAUUUUACAUAUGUUAAGUGAUGAACUAAUAUGUUUAAUUUCAUAACGUGAAGAUCUAAGGAUGUUAAUGUUUAAGAUACAUUUUAUAAGAACUGCGAUUUGGAAAACCGUUAAAAGGUUGCCGAACGGAAUCCGUGAUCGUUUUAAUGUUUUCAUACACUGCAAACUGCUUUGAGUUUUUUCUUAAAAGUAUAAAGUGGUGUCGAAAUUAAAUAAGUAAACCGGCCGAAAACCUAGGCGCGGCUUCCGAUUGGCUGCAGGAGCUUCCCGCACUCAUCCGGAAGCCGCGUGGGACGUUCGGCUGCCGAAAAUUGUUCACGAACCGGAACGAUCGCUUCUGGGUUCGCAGCAUUCAGGGAACCAAAACGUUCGAGUCGCAAGCUGUCCAUCAAGCGAGGGAUGACUGUACAGUGGUGCCUCGCAAGAUGAAAUUCGUUCCGCGAGUCUCUUCGUCUUGCGGAUUUUUCGUCUUGCGAAGCACGGCUAUUAGCGGCUUAGCGGCUAUUAACGGCUUAGCGGCUUAAAGAAAAAGGAAACAAACUUGCAAGAACUCGCAAGACAUUUCGUCUUGCGAAGCAAGCCCAUAGGGAAAUUUGUCUUGUGGAACGACUCAAAAAACGGAAAACUCUUUCGUCUUGCGCGUUUUUCGUCUUGCGAGGCAUUCAUCUUGCGAGGUACCACUGUACAUCGUUUCCCAGGAAGCUCUCGCCUGGCUUGUUGGCUGCUUCCGGUUCUGUACACAAGAGAUCUCCCGGGAAUUUGGCCCGAAGUCACUCUUCCUUUAACAGGUUGGAGGUUGGAGGAUGGAUGGCGGCUAACAGAUUGAAGUUGAAUCCUGACAAGACAGAAGGACUACUUUUGGGAGGCAGGAGGCGGGCAGGUGUGGAGGAUUCCCUGGUCCUGAAUGGGAUCACUGGGCCCCUGAAGGACCAGGAGUGCAGCCUGGGAGUCAUUCCGGACUCACAGCUGUCCAUGGAGGCGCAGGUCAAUUCUGUGUCCAGGGCAGCUCCUUCUGGGAUGCAGGAUGAGACCCUCCCUGCUUGCGCACUUUCUGGCCAGAGUGGUGCAUGCUCUGGUUAUCUCCCGCUUGGACUACUGCCAUGCGCUCUCCGUGGGGCUACCUUUGAAGGUGACACAGAAAGUGCAACUAAUCCAGAAUGCGGCAGCUAGACUGGGGACUGGGAGCAGCCGCCGAGACCAUAUAACACCGGUCUUGAAAGACCUACAUUGGCUCCCAGUAUGUUCCCGAGCACAAUUCAAAGUGUUGGUGCUGACCUUGAAAGCCCUAAAUGGCCCAGUAUCCCUGAAGGAGCGUCUCCACCCCCAUCGUUCUACCCGGACACUGAGGUCCAGCACCGAGGGCCUUCUGGCGGUUCCCUCACUGUGAGAAGCCAAGUUACAAGGAACCAGGCAGAGGGCCUUCUCGGUGGUGGCACCCUCCCUGUGGAACGCCCUCCCACCAGAUGUCAAAGAGAACAACAACUACCAGACUUUUAGAAGACAUCUGAAGGCAGCCCUGUUUAGGGAAGCUUUUAAUGUUUGAUGUAUUACAGUAUUUUAAUAUUUUUUGGGAAGCCGCCCAGAGUGGCUGGGGAAGCCCAGCCAGAUGGGUGGGGUAUAAAUAAUAAAUUAUUAUUAUUAUUAUUAACAAGCCCCUGUUGCCUUCCCCUUUUCCUUCUCUCUCCCCAGGACGGAACACUGUUGCGGCAACUGCGUUCCCUUUUACCGUUGGGUGAUGGUGGCUGUCACCGGAGGAAUGGCUGUCGUCGCCACCUUGGGCCUCGCCUGCAUAAUGAUUUGGCCCAUCCGCGUCCGGUUCCGUAAGUCGGGUUUCGUUUUGCCUUGGGGGGCGGGGAGACAGGGACCCGGCCGGCGAAAGAGGUGUCCCCUCAGAGCGAACAAAUGAACUUUAUAUUUGUUACAAGUAGGUAGCCGUGUUGGUCUGCCGUAGUCGAAACAAAAUAAAAAUAAAAAAUUCCUUCCAGUAGCACCUUAAAGAUAAAGGGACCCCUGACCAUUAGGUCCAGUUGUGGCCGACUCUGGGGUUGCGGCGCUCAUCUCGCUUUACUGGCCGAGGGAGCCGGCGUACAGCUUCCGGGUCAUGUGGCCAGCAGGACUAAGCCGCUUCUGGCGAACCAGAGCAGCGCACGGAAACACCGUACCUUCACCUGGGCGGUACCUAUUUAUCUACUUGCACUUUGACGUGCUUUUGAACUGCUAGGUUGGCAGGAGCAGGGACCGAGCAACGGGAGCUCACCCCGUCACGGGGAUUCGAACCGCCGACCUUCUGAUCGGCAAGCCCUAGGCUCUGUGGUUUAACCCACAGCGCCACCCACGUCCCAAGUAGCACCUUAGAGACCAACUAAGUUUAUUGGUAUGAGCUUUUGUGUGCAUGCACACUUCUUCAGAUUCUUUUAUUUGCGUCAGCCAUCAGCCAUAGCAAUAAAACAACAAUACGAUACGCAAAGAAUAGAAAUAAAAAGUCAGUCAUAUACAAUACAUUUUUGGGGUUUUGAAUCAAUAGUGGAUCUUAUUCUGAUUGCCCCAGCGAAAAACCUUGCCACCUUUGCCAUCACCUGCUCCUCUUGGUCUGCCCAGAGAAAGGACACUGGGGCAGUGGGCUGGGCCACCGGGAAUGGACGAUAAAAGAGGGGUGAUAAUCUCAUUCCUCAAGUCUUUAUCAAGAGGGCAAGGCAGAAGGGCGUGCGCCACCGAUUCAGGACUGCCGUCUCCACAGGGAUGUUUUUUGUGUGGAAUCUGUUGGAAUCGUCCCACGAAUCCAUCCGAGGGCAAGACAUUCAAUCUCAUGAGAGUCAAAGCGUGUUUAUAUUUUAGCAUGACUGAGCCGCUUCUGGUGAAACCAGAGCAGCGCACGGAAAUGCCGUCUACCUUCCUAUAUACUAAUAUCAGGUCAAUUUCGGAUAGUCCAAAUAGCUUCAGGAUGAUUCUCCUGUACUAUUUCAGUGGUUUAUAUACUUAUGUAUGUGUUUGCUUUGUACAUUUAUGAACAUUUAUAAUAUAUAUAUAUGUAUAUACACAUGCAUAUAUAUAUCUAUAUAUAUAUACAUAUAUAUAACCUUCAAAGGUAAAGGUAAAGGGACCUCUGACCAUUAGGUCCAGUCGUGGCCGACUCUGGGGUUGCGGCGCUCAUCUCGCUUUACUGGCCGAGGGAGCCGGCGUACAGCUUCCGGGUCAUGUGGCCAGCAGGACUAAGCUGCUUCUGGUGAACCAGAGCAGCGCAUGGAAACGCCGUUUCCCUUCCCGCCGGAGCGGUACCUAUUUAUCUACUUUCACUUUGACGUGCUUUUGAACUGCUAGGUUGGCAGGAGCAGGGACCGAGCAAUGGGAGCUCACCCCGUCGUUGCGGGGAUUCGAACCGCCGACCUUCUGAUCGGCAAGCCCUAGGCUCUGUGGUUUAACCCACAGCGCCACCCGCGUCCCUAUACAUGACCUUAGAGUUCCUAUAACAAAACUUAAAUGAACAGUUUCAGCGAUCUUUGUUUCUCGCUUCUUCCUGCAGAUGAUGUCUCCGUUUCUGGACUGGCCGGCACGCGAUCCAGGGAACUCGGAAACUCCGAAGGCGGCGAAAAUCCUGGUGUCGUCAACUGAGGCUCUGUUUCCUUUGGAAGGGGAGCGAACCGGAAGACUCCACGGCAAGGAAGACCCAAAGACUUGGCUGCCCUCCCCUCGAUCCCACUGGGUUCUUCUUGAGAAUUGGGACCAUUCGCAACUCUUUCUUUUUCCCCCUCCUUGCACAUUUUGCACAGUUCCGUCUCGACACCCGCCCUGCCCUUCCUUUUCCACGUCGAACACAAAAGUUACUAGACCUCAUGAAGACAUUCUCCACCCACCCAGCCCCUAUCUUCCCUGCCCUCGCCACAUCAGACCACUUUUAUAUACAUAUAUAAAUAUAAAUCUACUUGUAUAUAAGAAUUAUAAAUAAAGGUGUGUGUUUUUAUUGAAAAAGGAAGUUUAAGUAAAGCUGUUUCUUUUAUGUCUGUCUCUUCGCUAAGUCAAAAAACCUGGACGUUGAAGCCAG